AUGGAGAAAAUCACGCAGCAUGCAAUCGUGGGUGGCAAGACCAAGCAACGUGAAGACUUCCCUCCACAGAACUGGCUAUUCCCAAGCACGCGCAGCUGUAGUCUCUUCAGAUAUGCCACAGGUGGAUCGCCACCAAGCCUCCCCAUACGGUGGCGGAUUAUCAACCUCGGGUUUGAGCGUAAGGCUACUUUUGGCAUGACUCAGUGCAACACCAGAGAUCAGAUUGUUAAACGCCACUAUUCAAACCUUCCGUGA